AUGCUCGAGAAACAAUUAUCAGCUCUCUUAGCUCACAGUCUAAGUUGCUACAUCCGAGACUUAAAUGAAGAACAGAUACAGGUGUCGUUGUGGUCUGGGAAUCUCGUUCUCAAAGAUGUGCACCUGAAGCCGGAUAUUCUUGAGCAAAUCGCACUACUAAUUUUACAGUGGCAGAAACAGCAAGGACAGCAGGAAAGUGGUAUUCAUGAUUCUGAUUCUUCCCAUAAUAAUUCCUCUGCAGAAUGUGCUACUGAUGAUAUGAAACACGCAGCAGCAGCUCAGACCCUGCUGAUGCCUUUCACAGUUGUCAAGGGACUCAUUCGGGAGCUAACCCUCCGCGUUCCGUGGUCUAACUUGGAUCAGGAGCCGGUGAGUGUUGAAGUGAUGGGAGUGGAAUUAGUGUUUGCACCGCUUCGCAGCCGACCAUUCAACCCCGGGGAGGAGGAAGCACGCCAAAGUGUCAUCCUACAGGACCAGCUUAGCCUUUUCGAAAAAAAACGUCAUGCUGCAAAUACUACGAUGGCGGCUGUUUGUGAAGAGACUUCAGGAAGCAAGGAGAUGCAACAAAAAAGCACUGCCGGCGGCGAUAAGCCGAGUAUGUAUGUGAAUAGUAAGAGGAACAAAAAAAACAGCAAAACUUCCUCAAUUUUCAAUUUAGACGGGGUAUCGACAGUUAUGACAUAUGUGGAAAAACUCGUGCAUUCCCUCGCUUGCAAAGCGCACCUAGAGAUUCGUUGUGUUUCUGUACAGUAUAUCUUUGACUAUCCUGGUCUUCACCCAAGGCUUGCAACCGCGCUGUCGAUUUUUGUGGAUGAAGUUUAUAUGGACCCUACAAAGGAAUCCUUUGGUGAGCACUUUGCCGAAGAUUUUUCUGCGCAGCAAUUCAACGCGGUCACGGUGAAGGGUCUUCGUAUGGCAGUGCACGCAACCCGAGCCUUGCACCCAACUCCGACGACGUCACAGAAGGUAGGUGAAGGGGCAUCAACGGAAUCCUGGUCUCAGAAACCUGCAUCGUCAGAACGUCCAGCGGCAGAGAAGGGAAAGAAAGAGAAAGCUACGACGGACCCUUUUGACAUGCAGGAGUGCUUUCAGGCUUUCUGCGAGAAAUGGAAACAUACCGAAGUUCUAAUCGAACUGAGAGACGCACUGUUGAAUAUUAAGGUGGGCUCUGAUAACGGAGGAAAAUUCCCAAAUUCGCAAGAAAAUGCUCAAGGGGAAAAAUCCGAGAACACACAUGGGGCUCGCACGUAUGAUUCCUCAUCGAGGGCACGAACCGUUCUAGAAGUAUCGCUUGGAUCUUUGGUUCGCUCUCAGGCCUCCUUCGGUGCUCUGCUGGCAUUGAAGACACUUGUGUGUUCUUUUCAGCAUGGGCUUGUCGGGGCCCCUCACCGCAAGUAUUUGCAUUUGUUGAACUGCAGCGAUGAUUUCAACCUUGGGAAUAGCAGAGCGGAGAAACGGUGGGCCUUUGCGUUAGCGUGUGUACGAAAUGCUAUACAACAACCAAAGCAACGUUUGUCCAGUGGUGGUAAUGAAACUAGAAGUGUAUUGGAGUCCAUGAUGGACUUCUGCAAAAUUCGACGCUUGUACUGCGGCCUAUUCAAGCGCUUACAAGGGCUCUCCUGGCUACCCCCUUUGGAUCUAGAGGAACGUAAAGAAAUUAUCAGAUUGGAACAUCAGCUUACCAUUGAGCAGAUCCUUUUUCUGCGUUGUCUAUCCCGCGCCGAGCUGGGAAUGGAGGUGGAACUAAACAAGCUUCAGAAACGAUGGAUCGCGUCUGCUGCAGCCCUCCGAACAAAGCCGUCAAUUUUGUCAGGUCCUUUCAUUUCAGAAGGGUAUACAGGGAGAAGGGGUAGGAGGGGUCUUUUGGGUUGGUUUCGUUGGGGCGGGAGCGAGAGGGAUCAAUUGUCCAUCUCGGAGUUCGCAUCAACUGACAUCACGAAACCUUCGACGCCGAGAAAGGAAACCGGACUAGCGAUCUCUAUGAAGGCCUCAAGUUUAGAAUCGAUUGAUCCUGAAGCUUACCGGUUUCAGCUAUUUCAUAUGGAGUGGAGCAUUGCAAAGCGAUAUCUUGCCCGCCUUGAGAUCCCUGACCUUAAGGAGAGAUAUAGAACGUUGCACUUCUCAGACCUUUUUCGCUCUCCAUCCUCAUCGACUGAGAAAGGGGACGACUUGAAUUUCAUGGCGCAAUCUUCUGGUCUGGGCCUCCUCCUUCUCGUUCGGUGUAAUGCGCUCGAGGUGUCAUUCAUCCCGCGUUACUGGACAGCAGAACUAAGCGAUAUUUCAACGUCAGACUUCUUUUUUGCACAUUUAGAUCAAAACCUAAUUGUACGUAUGAGUAAUAUCGAAUGGUUUUACAACACAGUGCAGGAACCACAAGACGAUCGAUCGGGCCUUUCAGUCUUCGUCAAAUCGUUUUCCGCAUGCUUCACAGGAACUUUUAAUACGCCUUUGUUGCAGUCAUACGAGAGGGACUUCCCACAGAAACAGGAAAAUGAGGACUUCUUGGUUGUCAAACGCAAUGCAACGUGCACAUGCAUGACAGUGAUGGUGUCGCCUUUCUUGAUAAUACUUCGACCCACGCAUGAAAUGCUGUGGUGGUCGAAAGAAAUUUUCCAAUUCUGGUGCGUCUUUAGUGAAGCUUACAUGGGCACCUCUUUCUCAGUACUUUCGUCACCACCUUGCGCAGAUCCCCUGAUGGAUACCACACCAGACUUUUCCACCGAGGAACUGCCUGUCGUUCCGCCAACACCAAGGAAACCAUUUCCGCUUGUGAACGUCUAUGUAUCCUACUUUGACAUUUUGGUACCACUUUUUAUCAACGAUAUCACUUCCCCCGGAGGGGAUUUUAAUGAUAGCACUAACUUCAACAUGUAUCCACAAUCGUCAGAUCUGGAAUCGCAUCGAGCAUCUACGACACUGGCAUCGAGUCCCUUUACGCAACAUCCUCACAGCACUACUGAGGUUGAAUCUUAUUUUGAAACAAAUGCAAAGUUCGCUUCCGGUCUUGUGCAAGUUGUGCAAAGCAGCCCAAGCGGACGAAACGAGUUUCUGAGCCCCUCGUUCAACUACAUCGCAGAUGAAAAUCUAUUUUUUGAUGAACCUUAUCUCGUACUUUCCAUUCCAUGUAGCACUUUAAAAACAGUACGAGGCCCUUCAAAAUGCUACAAGGGUCCAGAAGAGGAAAUUCUGAUCACCAUCGGCAAGGAACUCCGCGGCGUUAGGUUUUAUUGUCAACCCGGUAGCAUGAGGCACCGGCGACUGUCGUUGACCAGCACGCUGGAAAUUUUGUCUGUCACCAGCAUCUGUGUCCUUAUGAAUCCCUCUGAGGUGUCAGUAGGCUUGUACAACGGGAUGGAAGUGAGCCUCGAGCCGUAUGUGAUAGCGCUUCUCAACGAUCGCUUGCUGAAACCAUGCAUUCUUCACGACACUGAGCAUCAAUCAAAGACGCAAUUUAUUAUUGAUACUCUUGACCGACAGUGGAAUGCUAUCCCGAAUGCGAAGGAGGGCUCCUGGUAUUUUACGUCACCGGAAACGCUUUGUCUAGAUAGAAAUGCCUCGACAGUGACACCCAUACCACGUCAUCACGGUCGCGAGUAUGCCACGUUGUUGUAUAGAUGGAUGGCGGAGCACCAUUGCGCACUUGCGCGUCAAACGUCCAGAACGAACAUGCAGGUGCGAGUCGAUGACACUUCGAGGGAAAAUACACAGCUAGCGUUCUGUCACAGCAAACGCACAUAUUCUUUCUGUCUUGAGUUCACUCGUGUGUUUCUGCGAAACUUCUCCCAUGAGGAUGUAGUAGCGGUUGAGCUGAUGCGUCCAGCUGAAGUCCCAGUGGUGUUCUUGGAGUAUCGGCACUUUUUUGAACACUUUUCUAAGGGAGCACACGCCUUGGAAGUGAUAGUGAGUCCAUCAGAUUGCUCCUGUUUUGCGUCACUUGCGGAUGUUUCCAUUACAAAUGGGGCCAAUAAGUCUUUGGGGACCAUACAGUCUCUUUAUGUGAAUGCUUCUCCUAAAAGCAAUGCCUUGGUACACGUGGAUUAUUUGACAGUUUAUCUUCGCGAAGAAUUUGUAGAGUGUGUGGAAUUAAUCCUGGCAACAACCAAAACCAUCAAACAGUCGACGCUCUUACAGCCUCAAAAAGCUUCACAAUCACCGCGAAAUGCAGCCUCAUCUGAUUUUCUUGCAUCCUCUUGUCUUCUGAGCAUGCCCUGGAAAGUGGAAUUCGAUACGCUGUUAGUGGAAUUGCCCUACACCAAGCUAAUGGACUACCCAUACCGAGCUUUUUCGGUUAUUCACAAGAAUUUUUGCAUUAACAGCAGAGUAGAGGAUCAGAUAGCGCAUAUGGAAUUGAGUGGGUGGAUCUCCAAAGCGCUGCGAAUUGAGGAGGAUGUCGCUUUUGAAGAAGUACUUGCACCCUUUGUCGUCUUGGGCCCAAGUAUUGGGCUGUGUGGCCCCGCUGAGGAGUUGCGUUAUGCAAUGUCACUGAGAUGGCCUUUGCUUCAGACACUUGCCACAGACAUUGAGGGGCCUGAAUGCUGCUUCCGCGUCUGUGGUGGGCAUAUUGCGGUCUACAUGCCUUUUUUUAUGCAAAGCAUGGAUUUAGCGAGUAACUCUUUUUACGCAAAGCUCUUUAACCUCAGACAGUCCCCUUUGGUGAAGUGUGGUCUGUCUCUGUCUUCGAAUGUGUGGGCAGCCUCAACUGAUAUUGCGCAUGAUGCUACAGACGAUACCACAAAGCCCAGGAGCCCGUCCCGUUCUCCCUUCUCAUGCUGCUCCAUACGAUUUCACGGCCUAGUUAGCGAUUUGGACGUCUUAUUAGCCUCUAAUUCCAAUUUACCCCUCGACAUAUCAGAUGAAAGCACUUACUUUUAUCUGCAUCUUGGAGAGCUCUCCUUUCGAAGUGCCGUAUUAAGCACCCAGAACGAGUCUUCUGCGCCGCUUAUCCCCUCAACAUCUGGAUCUAUUAGCACGCUGCCUGGAAGCAUUUCGAUAGAUGUUAGGAAAAUAUUCUACUCGCCCUUCAGUGGGCGGCCGCCUUCCCCACUCUUGAUGGAGGUGGGACUAGUUCUCACACUCCGAGUAUUGCUGGAGCUGAGGGAUGAUCUAACUGGGUAUAAAUACACGGCUUCGGAUAGGAGCACCGAUUUCACUCUGCUCAUUGACGUGUGUCCGGUGGAUGGAAUGACACAUCAGGAGAGUGUGAGUAAUAAAGGCCAUACACAUUUACCCAAGAGCGAGGCUGACAUCGUCAAUGUGAUUAUGUCGGUUCGUCGGAUGGAAACGCUUCUUGACGUGAUAAAAUUCAACCUUAUGAUGACCUCAUUCUCUAACGUGAAUGGUGGAUCAACAUAUGGCACAGUUAGUAUGUGUUUAUCAAACUCUACACCUAUGGCACCCGGCGUUUUCCUUUCACAAUCUGAGAUCCUUCAACAUGAUACACCUCGCGCAAAUCUUUCAUCGCCUCGAGUAUUCUCGUCCUCAGUGACCCAGCCAUUGAGGUUUACCACCAUGCUGACGAUGUCGCCCAUGCGUCUUGGGGUUUUCACUCAUGACAAGCAGUUAAUCUCUUUCAAGAUUCUAGGUGGGAUUCAGAACUACUGCGCGCGAGGUGGAAAAUGGUCUCAGAGUGUUGUUGCAAACCUUCAGAUUCGUGAUUUGGUUAUCGAUGCCGUGGAUUACAAGAUAGCGUCAUCGGCAACAUGCGAUAUGACACCCUCACCUUAUCCCUCAGAAGAAUCACCGAAAAGGAGGGGUGGCGGUGACGCUGCCACAGGCUUAGGCUCGGCCUCACUCGUUGCAAGAUCUCUACUAAAAGUGCGUCUCAUGGGGGCAACGAUGGUCUUAGUAGAAAAUGUCUCGCCAUGUCGUGGUCAGCAAUCCUUUCCAUUCCUUGUUGAAGGUCUUAUAGAGGAUGCUGAGGUUUACACCGAGUUAGAUUUGUGGCUUACUCUGAUGAAGCUGUUUUCAGAUUUUAUGGUACGGAAAUCCUCCCAGACAAACGUGCUGGAUAAUCUAGCAAUAUCAAGCAAAAACAGGCCUCAGCAUAUUAGUGAAAACGCAUCUUACUCUGAAUCUGAGGCAGCCGGGCUCAACUUUUCCGCGCAUAACAGGCUCUGCUCGCAAUUCUCGUCAUCGUCGACAAUUCUGAAUUCGACAGUUGGUAGAGUUGGUGCUCAUUCGGAGGUGAGAGUGAGCCUUAAGAAUACUAAAAUAGUAUUCAAAGAACCGUGGGAAGAAAUGCUGGCACUUUUUGUGCUACCUAAGUGCUCUACUUGUUGGAUACAACUAAGCGAUUACAGCGUGCAAGUUGAUGCUGCAGCUAUAGAGCCGCCAUCCUUGCUGGUAAAUAUGAACCUGCCAAAGCAGGAGUCAAUUGUCGGCACUCAUUCAGCGUCUCUAACUCCAGUGUUGGAUUGGAAAACUCCCAGCAGCCCCGCUCUGGUGAUGUCUGCUUGCUUGACGGAGUCAUUUAUUAGCUUUAGCGCCUCACUAAAUCUCCAGAAGAAGCCAUAUCAGUCUCUUGAUGAAAUAUCGCGUCGGCCAUUGACCCUCGAAAUAAAACAUCGCGUCGACAUAAAAAUACAAGAUCUACAUGUUUAUUGCGACCUUGUUCUCUUGAACCGACUUUUGCGCUUUGUAUCGGGGAAGCUAAUUCCCACUCUUCAACAAAGUGUUCAGAUGUUUACCUCCAGGCUACAUGAGGCGGAUUCUGCCAACUCCCCAGCCAUGGCGGCAGAAAUUGGUGCGGAUGAUACCGGUUGUUCCCUCCCGACGUCUGGAUUGGUUUCAUGUGAGGUAGUUUUGCGUCGCAUGGAGGUACACUUUGCUUUUGAAUUAGACACCAUGCAAAGGGCUAGUAAUAGGCAAUGGAGGCUUCACAUAAACCACCUAUCGGCUGUUACGGCUGCAGAUGUUUCGAAAAUUGACUUUACUAGGGAAUCCUCCCUUCUGCAAUCAACGAAAGCUAAGGAAGAAUUCAUACUAUAUCAUGUGGUGAAGGUGAACACAAAUGAUGUAGAGCUUCACUGCGGUUCUCUUCAUCCUAUCCCACUUCCAGCCUUCAGUGUCGAGGCACGUAUUCCAAUGUCUUACUGCAUUUUCGUUGAGAAAAUAGAGGAAACAACUGAACUGAGCACGAGUGAAAGUGGUGAUGUGAAGCCCAAUUAUGGUCCAAGCCCUCGUUACCUGCCCUUGGGCUUGGUGGCAAACUCUGAAACCUACAUCACAGAGAUUUUCGUUAAACUCGCAUCCGCCAGUCAUGUGUUUGUUUCUUCCGAUCACAUUCAUGAUGGGUUUCAAAUUGUAUCUACCCUCGCGAAGAUGCGAACCCACGCCGCAAAUGUCAAUCACUGUUCUACUGAAGGGAGCUAUCCUUUCUUUACCCAGACAGGUCAUAGUGAAGCACUUGUGCGGCCUAAACAGGCUUUCCAAUCUGCCGGCGUUGCGUGUCGUACAUGCACGGCUAUGAGACUCACAGUUGAAAUUGUCGAUUUUAUGCUGGAUAUCACAAAUGUUGGUACGCAUUCCAGGUGUACCCCCUCAUUGUCUGAGUGCAAAUCGUUUGUCGGUGUGGCCCCUAUGCAGAGCCUUGCAAAGCUCCACGUGACUGAUUCAUUGGUUGUGUGUUUUGAUCAGAAUCCCUAUGGAGAAACUGUCCGAAUGCAAAUUUCGUUAAUGGGAGACUUUAUGGUAUCUAACGGGAGCGGCACCCCAAUUCUUUUCCAACAUACACAGCUUGAAACUUUUUCCACUGCAGAGAAAGGGUCAGCUCCGACACACUUGCCCUCAAGUCCACGGACAGUCGAAUUCACGUCGUCCAUUGACUCCUGUACUCAGUCAAUCACUCUUGAGCUGAGCAUCUUAGGUGUGGCACUAAAUUUAUCCCCUGAGACAUACGAAUUUGCUCUGUGCAUGAGCCAAUUGGUUUGGUAUCUCUUGCCUGAGUCUAAUAGUGUUUACAAUAGUAUCAACACGAGUAUUCUUAAUAGCUCAAGUCCUCAACCACCACCAUCAUCCCCUGCCGACCCAACAUGCUACCCACAGCCGACGCGGAUGUCUUUCUCUAUCAAGAUCCACAGCUUCGGUCUGCACAUUGAAAAUAUAGCCGUACUACUGCUGCGUUCUAUUUAUACGGAUGCAUCGACAUUGCAAUCGAUUUAUUCCUGCUUGGCAAGAUCAGCAAGGAACGAUGAAUCAGGUCAGACCCCAUCUGAGAAUUUGUGUGCAGUCUCAGUAGGAGAAAUCUUGCUCCAAUCAGAGGGAGAAACCAAAUUUGUGUUUUUGCACAUGAAAUCGACCAAAAUCCGAGUUGGGGCUGGCCACAUCAACGUUAAGAAUGACUAUCUGCAUCUAAACAACUACAACGUAGCUUUCUUCAUGAAACUAAUGGAACGUAUCAUGUCGCUCGCGACUUACGCUGCGCAAAAGAUAGGUGUAUCUCACAGGUCCUCUCAGAAUCAGUUUGGGUUCAAUUUAUACUUAUCCCUUGGUGAAUUUUGUGCGCGCUUUUAUUGUUUGGAUAACCCGUUCCUAACUGAGGGGUAUGUUGAAGCAUGUUUUCCAAAUAUGACGUUUGAAUACGUAAAUGAUGUGCCCAGGCGACGCUUUGCUUUCGAAGUCGAAGAUGGCGUAUUGUCCUGGGUGUUCUACCCUGCCCAACCGCAUCAUUCUUUGGCUCUUACCACGGCAAAGACCCUUUUGACAGAAUCAAUAAUUUUAGUGACCUCCAUAAAGGCUUCUCUAUUUGUAGAGGAAGACAUCGAAAGACUAUCUCGAAUUGUAGAUCUGCGUUUCUGCGAUAUAGAAUGUGUCUUUCCCACCGGGAAAACGAUCCAACACUGUGUGGAAGCAGUAGCGCAAUUUGUGUUACCUCUUUUCUCAUUUAUUUUGCAUGCACGUACCUCCAAAACAUCGCAAACGUACUGGACAACGCUGGUUAAUUCUGAGGACGGAUCCAAAUUGGUGAAUUCAGAACAGCAUAAAACGCAUGCGUCUUGUGGCGCCAAGGAUAGCGAUAAUCAUGGAACCCGCACACCGAGUAAAAAACAUGCAGACCACCGAAUUCUCUUCCAAACUGAACAGUACACCUUGCAUAUUCGAGGAGUUGAUAUUCAUGUGAAAAGUAUUGGCGAAGAAAAUGCCGGGACGAAUUACGCACCCAGAGCAUUAUUUCUAGCGAGUUCGCCUACGCUUUUGAGUGUCCGUUUUGAGGAAAUUGAAUGGGAAUACUCAACAAACACGACUCUUGGCGAUACUUUGCGACUACAAGUUGGGUCGAUCUCCAGCAGGAUUCAUCCCUCUCUUCAAGAUGAUUUCGUUAUGGCUCAAGCUACUAGUCAGGAAUCGUUCUCGUAUGCAGAUUCGACCGCUGCUCUAUAUAUUCGCAAACAAACAGUCCCUUCCUCCGCUACUCGGAUUCAAACGUGUUCCGUUGCGUGUUAUGUGCAAGACUUUAGACUUGUGGUCUCCACUAAUUUACUCUCCUUUCUUAACAAUGAAGUAUUGGCUCACCUUGCAGUAGGGAUGUCACGUGUAUGUGACAUAUCCAGUCAGUGGAAAGCCCAUAGACACAGAACCUCUCAUGCAUCUUUAGCUCACACUGACAAUAGUCCUGCCAUCCACCAGAUUGAUAGUGGUGAGGACCGUGUUAUUGCUAUUCACACUGACUUGUGCCUUCGUCGUGAUUUGUGUCUCGGCGGGCGCCACGGCAAACAACUUCAUUUCGUCAAGGGCUCUCUUCUCGGGCACUCACCACAGAACGUGCUCAGGGUAACAAGUGCUAACCAAGCCCGUCUUUUGCUCUUCCGAUGUGAUAAGUCACAGGGUGGAGAAGAUGCCCCUAUUCUGAUCGACGAGGGCCUCACCGUUGUGGUGGAAGAUACUCCACUGAUUCUACACGAUGUUAACGGUUUCAAAGCUGACAUGAACUUGGUGCAAGAGUAUGCUAUACUAGGCCCACGCUCUCUCUUAGUUGUUCCUGAGGAACUCAUCAUGACUUCUAGCACACACGUUACUCAGAAAACGAUCCAAUCAUCAUCUUCAACGGCAACUACUGGUGAUGAGAUUACCACACGAUUUAACCUGAACGUACUUUUGAAUAUGAAGCUUCAGUUGUGGUCUCCUCACCAGAACAUCACCGUUGAUGCAGAAGUCACUGCACAAUACUAUGUUGAAAAGCAAGUGCACUCAGGGGAAGCCAGCAGGAGCGCUGUGGUUGUGGGUGAAUGCGGUGAGGUUACCCUGCAGCGUUUGGCGGUGGCGUAUGACAAUGGGCACAUAACCACCGAUCCCAUAAACUUCUCAGUUAACGUGCAACAUCACCGAUCUUCAGUGAAUGAUGGUAAACCCGACUUCACCGCGGUUCACGGAGUUCUGUCACCUGUUAAAAUCUUAGUCACUAUGAGUCAUCUCAGACUCAUCAUUGCCAUCUUAAACCUUCUUUCGGAAGGAUGUGCACACGUCAAAGCUGGGAUGUGCUUCGGAACAGAUAGACAGACCAAUGGGCCAAGGUUUUCACCUCUUGAUAAGCAGCGGAAAAGCGCUAGUGAGGGAGAAACAAAGCAUGUCGAGCCUUCUAUUCAACUAGGCUUAACCAUCCCAUCUGUUGAGCUUGUGAUAUUAAAUGGGGUUUUCAAGCCACUAUUAGUGUGCAGCAUGUGUGCCUUGGCCUGUCAAGCUUCCGGACGUCGUGACUUUUCUUCGGUUUCCUGUCGCUGCAGUGGUGUUUUAAGUCUAAGGGAUUACCCUGCGAUGGGGUCGCCUCCCCGCCUCCUGGUUCAUCUUUCACCUGAAAUAAGGGUGGACUAUGUACGCUACGCUAACAAUGGGGUCUCCCUUACAGGUUAUUUAUCAUUACCCGAUGGGUUUCUGACGAUUCCUGUAGUAACCUUACUGAGACUGCUGGAGGCACAGAAGAGGCUCCAAGACCAGUGCAUGGAGCCAAGUGCCUUUGUCUUUAAAAAUGAACUUGGAGUGCCACUUAUGUUAGUGCCAGCGGAGGUUUCCAGUCUUGAGCCAGCAACUUCAACUGCACCAAUACCGUUUCACAACCUUUCUGUAGAUUCUUCGGUGAAAAUAAACCUACUCCAGUAUAAUCAGAUGGGCUUUCGUGUUUUCGUUGCCAAUGAGAAUAGGCAUAACCCGCAUAACUUGGCUAGAGGACUUCCGAGUACGAGGGUUGAUAUUUCUACCCUUGAAAAAGGCACCACUCAACGUUUUCCACUCCACGAAUUGUCCAUUGGCACCAUGGAUGCUGUGCUACGCUUCGAUGAGGCUUCACAGUUGGUUCGCAUAACCACUUCAGUGAGUAUUCGAAACAAUAUGACCUCCAGAACUGUUAGCUUCCCUAGUGAUGGGCAAGCCACACCGUUCCUGUUACAGCCUAUGCAAUCUAGUUUUGUCCAACUAGGGGUUUUGAUGCAUUGCUUCAAUAUGCAUGUGGACGAGUACGAGUUUUACAGUUUGUAUCGCGGCGCUUUUUUGCCAUUUCACUCCAUUAUUAGUGUGUUUCUACUACUAUUUGACCUAGUAAGACCGGGGGGGGUGGACACGGAAAAGACGCGCUCAGGAGGACUGCAGACGGAUGUUGGUAAGCAGCCGCAACCAAUGCGUCCCCGUUUGCAUUGGGACCGUGUGGCUUUUAUAGACUCCAACACAUUGAUUCUUCCUGUUGCUCUAAACCGCAAUCUACCACAAGAGGAGCGGCACAUAAAGCCACAACACCUCAGCGGCUCUUCUCAAAUUAUAGUCAAUUUGGUAUUUAAGAAGAAACUCUCACGAGGAACCCAAAGCCGCACCAUGAGGCUGUUCCCUAAGAGUGAGGUGGAGGUCAUAGUCGAGCCAAUAGUCUCCAUACUUAACUGUGCGGGAAAUCUUCUGAGAGUAGAAUUGUUUGUGCCAUCCCCAGGUAGUGGGGAUGCCACCGCAUCUCUGCGUCCCACAGCUUCCCCCCGCAGUGUGGCGCGAUCAAAGCUACUCUCUCAUGGAGAACGAUUCGAGUGGUAUCCAGACUUUCCAGAGGUGCUGAUGCAUGCACCGUUCGCGAAGCUCGAACUUUACACCUGUGGAAAUGAGUCAGGAUGCAUUAUGCGCUCAAUUGACUACUUUAGCUUAUCUUUUGAUAAGGAGUGUUUCUUGGGAAUGCAUUCCAGUCAGUGCCCGACGAUGAGCUGUGGUGCAUUGAUCGUGCAGAAACUUUCAGAAACAUUAGUUGUCAUCAAGGGACUCGCAGUGCUUGUCAACCAGCUCCCGGUUCCCGUCUGUCCAAUAGAUGACUCUUUGAAACCCCUGAUGUUGUGGGGUGAAUCCCAGGAUCAGACAGAGGGGAUCAUGCUGUUACCAGGCCAGCAAUAUCCUCUUCUUUUCCCUUGCGACACAGACGGCAGGCCGCCGAGAAGGCGGGAGUUCGCUAGGCCCCUUCGCGCACGCGUCGCAGUUGGGAGUCCCAGUGCUAAGCCGUCACAGGCCUUUACGUGUCCCUCUUCUGUUGCUGUGCCUGUAUUCCUCAGCUCUGAGGACAGCGACCAUGAGUGGAUUUUUAUGGCAUCCAAUGAGGGCACAGAUGCGGCAGCGACGAUGUUCGGGUCCCCUGAAAAAGUUAUUCCGCAUCUCCCUUUGACCAUCUUAAAACCGGCGUGGAUUGUUCACAAUGCCCAUCCAUCACUUGCACUACGCCUUCAUUUUGUGGGCUUGCAUUGCGAUGAGGAUGCGUUGGUGCGACCAUUGCAAACGCUGGAGCUAUGCCGCUUUGGGAUAGGCAGACAGGGAAGCCCUGAAGUCUGCUUUCGGUUCGAAACACUUGCAGAGAAUGACAAGAAUCACGGGCGAAGCGGUGAUGCAAGUUUCUCUUUCGAGUGGUCUGAUCCUUUCAGGCUAGCAAGUCUUGCUGAGAGUGCGCUUUCGAUCACAGUGAAGCACCGUAUUCGUGUUCAUGAUAGCGAUGAGACCGAUGAAAAGAAAAGGCAAACUGCUACAGAUACGAGGACCAAAGUGCAGGCUUUUGCAGAGAAGCUGCACGAUCAGCAUGGUGUUUAUCUCUUUACUAACAUCUGUAUCCCAAAGUACUAUAAAGAAAGACCUGAGGAAGAAGCCUUCACGUGUUUCACAUUGACACCACUUGUACAUGGCCAGCAGUGCUCUUUCGUUCUUUCCUUGAGCGACAAGCCACCCUUGGUGAUUGAAAAUCGCACUUCUUACACAGUUCAGUACCAUCAGAGGUUGUGCUCCAAAGUUUGUGCAGAUUCCCGCGACGUGUUUGCUGCAUCUUCCCCAAUGCAGUCAGCAUUGGGGUAUCUUAUUUUCCCAUACACGGACGUCGCCACCUGUUGGGAAGUGGUUCCUCUAUCUACACCUGUUCUGCACUUCGUUAUAGGCACAGAACAUGCCAAAACUCAGGAUUGUGAGUGCAUCGUGGAUUUGGGAAAGACGGAGGGCGCAAGUGGUGCAAUUAAAGUAGGAAAUGUCGCCUUUGUGAUUACAACUCAGGAUUAUCAAAGCCGCUGCUUUUUUGUGUCCAUCACAGAAAAUCGAAUGCUUGAGAGCCAAUUGCUUUUUCAACCCCGCUUUGUAGCGCAUUUACAUGUGCUCAUUCACCACCUCUCCAUUCUCUUGGCAUCCACAUGCGUUCCUGAGAAAACUGCUCAUCUUUCCGACACGAUUUUCAAACCAUUGCUUGAACAAUGGCAAGUUAAUAUGAGUCCCUCCAUCACAGCAGAAUCCACCGAUGCGGAAAAGCUUAACAUGCUUAAAGUGACUGAGCUCAAUGUCGUGCAGGUAUGCAUCACCUCCCUUUUAGCCGAGGCCUCUUGGAACGAGAGGCAUGCCCUCGUGGAGUUACAUAUUAACAAGUUGAGUUUGACAGACUGCACAUCUCCGUCGCCUACAUUUCCAACUGUGUUGCAUCUUGGUGUCGGGAAAAGGGAGGAUUCACUACCAGAAGGCCCUCUGGAAAACGAGUCACCAUGUUUUUCUUUGAUAUUACAUCUUUUGCGACCCGGGCGGCCUUUCUCCAGAACAGGAGACCAACUGAUGUUUGAGAAACCAUCCACGUGCAAUAUCUCCUCAAUGGAUCAAGGACAUACGAGAAAAGGUGUUGGUCCUCAGACACAGACAUCGGGUCAACUUUUAGGAGAGUAUCCAAACGGCGGAAUCCACACCAAAUUGGCUACGAUCCUCGUAGAAGAGCUACGCUUCACCUGUCCUAUGGUUCAUGUUUGUUUGCAUGAUGACUUUCUUUAUGUGAUUCGUCAAGCUGUCGAGAGCGCAAUGGAGGUGCAUAGGAUAAGCCAGUCAUCACUUUUGCCGGACAAUAAAUCCGUUCACCUUUGUUUGGCAGCACCGCUGCCACAUCAGCCUGCUCGAUGCCAAUGUUCACUGAGGAAGGACGAUAUUCUUAAGGGUAAUGAACCCCCUGCCAAACAAGUGGCGACGAUGUACAACUUUUAUGUAGCUAAAAUGUUCAUCUCUACCACAUCACUAUGUGUUUCGUUGAAGCGGCGCACGGACAAUCGCUUCAAUCCUUACGAGGGCCUUGUAGAUCUUCCUGUUCCCUCUAUCGAGAAAGCUGUGCUUGCUAUUGGCGGGUUUCAUCGCCGAAAUAUCAGUCAACACUGUUGCACCCCAUGGUCUGCACUAUCUGCUAUCUUGUGGCCGUCAUACCGCUUACAGCUUAUACUUCAAUUCUAUAAAGUGAUAGGAGGCUUGGAAGUAUUUGGCAAUCCAAUUGCUGUGAUGAAUUCAUGGGGCCGGGGCGUGCGAUCUCUCUUAAAGGGGAGUAUUCAACACGAUUUUUUAUCAGGAACGGAAGAAUUUUUGCGGGAGACGGCCUCUUCUACUUUGCAUUCGAUCGGUUACCUCUCAUGGGCUGAGAACUACAGCCUGACGACCCCUUCUCUUGACGAGCGUGGGACGGAGAAACCGUACGACUCCAGAAGGCCAGCGGAUGCUGCAGUGCUCCCUAGAAAGGUUGGGGUUUUGAGGGAUGUCGCGCAUGGCAUCCUCGGCGAAAUUGAGAGUGUUCCGCAUGAAUCUUUGCCUGGGGCGCGUGUCUCGGGGAUGUCCGAUUUAUUGGUAGGAAUGACGUCAGGCACGGUGGGUUUGGCUAGUCGCCCUGAAUCUGAGUUUCUUCAUGGAAUCACCGGUGCAGAUGAGUUAAGUGCUCGUCCACGCGCCUCUGGAGGCCUUGGUUCGAGUGCUAAUUUUUUUUCAGUCUUUUCAACUGAUAAUGCACAAUGGAAGCACUUGCUACCAGCGCAAAAUUUUUCGCCCGCAGACCGCUCGUUGUGUAAGACACACACACGCACGGAUAGGUUAGAGAAUGACCAAUCUCUUCUGUCGGAGCGCAAAAGCUGUUGUUUGUUCUCAUCAAACUCUGUGAGAACUUGCGAGUUUAUUUCCCUAGAUUUCUAUAACCACAUAGUUAAAAAGGGCAUGAAUGGGUUGAAUACCAAAUCUUCAGCUCAUGAGCUGUCGCGCGCGAUUAUUGAGGAAGUGGGGGCACACAACUAUGCCUUGCAUGCUUCGUAUCACGAGUUCCUCCAGUACGCUACGCCAGAGGAAUUUUAUCAAUGGGUGCAUGUCGCAUUAGAUGCGCAUUUGGCUCGUGAACUUAGCAGCUUACUGAACGGCAUGAGCCCGCAUCAAGAAUGGGAAGAUUUCGACGAAGAAAUUGAUCACUCCAACAAGGUAGGGCAAAAGGACAUAUAUCACCCCGAAGAGAUUCUAAAUAUCAAAACCUCUGUGGGUAUAUCGAGAUUGCUGGAGUAUGUCUCCAUGGAUGUGUUCGUAAAAGUCUGCACUUUGGAUGAGAUUAGGGCUAAUGUGAGUAUAGAUGAAUUCCAACGCAAGUUUGGCGUGCCAUUGCUUAAACAUAGGUGCACUAUUUUCAAAUUUUUUUUAAAGCUUAGUCAAGAAUGA